AUGUUGCCUCGUCAGGUAAGUGAGAAAGUGAUUUUGUUUUCUUUAUGUCCACUUUAUGAUGGCUACGUCUUUAUAAGCCUGUCUCAGACUGUUCAGAUGCUAAGACUCGCUACAUUCGUCGCUACCGCUUCAUUCCUUUCCACAAUGCUGAAAAUCGGCAACAUGUGUGUGAAGAGAUUUAUGGAAAUUUGUGACAACAAGAUCAUCACAUACAAUGGAACAUCUCAACUCAAAGUGGUACACAAAACCAGUGGACAAUUGUCCAUUCGAAUGUGA